UUGAGCGCGGAAGUGGCCAAAUAAAAUAGAGAAAAGGGCUCCUAACCAGAAACGGAAAAUCUUAAGAACGCGAUUUUUGUUGAAUGGCCGCCUCUGUCUUUGUCCAUGUAUUUGUGCCCGCUUUUGUGCCUGUGUGUGUGUUUGUGUAAGAAGUUCGGCGGCAACGACGACGUGAAAUAGUGAAGCAUAAAGGCCAAGUGAAGAAAAUACUCGCUGUACAUAAAACCCAUACCCAUAACAACAUAGUGUUAGUUUUGAGCCCUUUUGCUACCUUAUAUUUUUAUUUUUGCUACCUGCCAAUUUGUUAACCUUAUUGUUGUUUGCCGCCGCUUGCGUGCCUUGGAAUCACAGCAGAAACAACAACAAAUGUAAGUGUGAAGAGUGGAACUUUCAUUUUCGACAAACAGCGAUGUGUGGGUCGCGAUAAGACAGUCGGAACAACAAUCUCAGCUAUAAAAGAGCACUACAAACAAACUAAGUUGGAGGUUAAAUAAAAAACAGGAGAGAAAAAUGACAAUAUCGUACACAAGUGAAGUGGCCACUUGUCGCGGCUUUGGCUGUUUUCUAAAAUUGCUACUCAGAUGGCGUGGAAGCAUUUACAAGCUGGUCUGGCUAGAUCUUUUGGCCUUUUUGACCAUUUACUAUGCGAUCAACAUGGUGUAUCGUUUCGGCCUCAACGCUCCCCAAAAAGAAACCUUUGAGGCCAUUGUUCAGUACUGUGAUAGUUAUAGAGAACUCAUACCCCUGUCCUUUGUGCUGGGUUUCUAUGUCUCGAUUGUGAUGACCCGUUGGUGGAAUCAGUACACCUCCAUUCCCUGGCCAGAUCCCAUUGCGGUGUUCGUUAGCUCCAAUGUUCAUGGCCAGGACGAACGAGGACGUAUGAUGAGACGAACAAUUAUGCGUUAUGUGUGCCUUUGUUUGACCAUGGUCCUGGCGAAUGUUUCGCCGAGGGUGAAGAAACGUUUCCCGGGCCUUGACAAUCUAGUGGAAGCGGGUCUGCUAAAUGAUAAUGAGAAAACCAUUAUAGAGACCAUGAACAAGGCCUUUCCGAGACCCUCGAAACAUUGGUUGCCCAUCGUUUGGGCUGCUAGUAUAAUAACUAGAGCUAGAAAAGAGGGCCGUAUUCGAGAUGACUUCGCUGUGAAGACGAUCAUCGAUGAGCUGAACAAGUUUCGGGGUCAGUGUGGUCUCUUGAUCAGCUAUGAUACCAUCAGUGUACCCCUAGUGUACACCCAAGUGGUGACCCUGGCGGUCUACUCCUACUUCCUCACCUGCUGCAUGGGUCAGCAAUGGACGGAUGGCAAGGUGGUGGGCAAUACCACUUACCUAAACAAGGUGGAUCUGUACUUUCCGGUCUUCACCACGCUGCAGUUCUUCUUCUACAUGGGUUGGCUCAAGGUGGCCGAGUCCCUGAUAAAUCCCUUUGGCGAGGAUGAUGAUGAUUUUGAGGUCAACUGGAUGGUGGAUCGUAAUCUGCAGGUAUCCUACCUGAUCGUCGACGAGAUGCACCAUGACCAUCCCGAGCUCCUUAAGGAUCAGUACUGGGAUGAGGUGUUCCCCAACGAGCUGCCCUACACAAUAGCUGCCGAGAGAUUCAGGGAGAAUCAUCCGGAACCGUCCACUGCCAAGAUCGAGGUGCCCAAGAAUGCGGCCAUGCCCUCGACAAUGUCGUCCGUGCGGAUUGAUGAAAUGGUUGGUAAUGCUAGUGGUGACCCCGCCGCCGCCGCUGCCGCCGCGGAAGCGAAGCCCCCUGCUCCGGGGGGUCAAGUUCAAGCUCCGGUCGCGGACUCCGGGGUCCAGACCGUUACUUAUGACUUUCCCAAGGGCUCGGCAGAUGAGGAGGCUGAUGAUGCUAGUGGCAUACACUUCUCAGCUGGGAAUGGCAAAAUGCGCCUGGGAUCGUCGCCCUCGCUAGUGAGUGUUUCGGGUACUCUAUCCCGGGUGAAUACUGUGGCCUCGGCACUCAAGCGGUUCCUAAGUCGCGAUGACAGCAGACCGGGAUCGGCCACGCCCAGUCAGGAUCAGCCCUACAAGUUCCCGGCCAGCGCCAGUUCGGCGAGUCUCUCGGGAGGAGUUGUGGGAUCGGCUACGUCGGCGGGAAAACCAGUUGGCAGUCUGAGGAUCACCCAACAAGUCAUCGAAGAGGUGGACGAACAGGCCACCAUCACAUCCAUGAGAGCCAGUGAGCCGCGGCCCAAUGUCAUGGAUAUCUUUGCACCGACCUCGUCCUCGGGAGCUGGCCCAUCUGUGCCCCUGCAGCCGCCACCCGCCCACUCAGAACCGGUGGACAUACCAGCACGUCCACCCUCAUACAAUCGUGCCCAAUCCCAGUACGAACCCACUCUAUUUCCACCGGGCGGAGUGGAUGCACUGCUCAGUACUUCAGCUCCGGCGGGUGGAAGUCCCCUACUUCUGUCCAAUGCAGCCACUGCUCCAAGUUCCCCAGUGGGCGAGAGCUCCAAGUCCCUGUACGAUCCUCAAAAGGCCGCCAGCCGGGAGACAGAGAGGCCCGAUGCACCGCAGGUUUUCAGGUGGUUCGUCACGCCCGUGGAAAACAUGGACCUGAGGUCCUCCAAUGAUCUCCUAGCGGCUGCGGCUGCGGCUGCGCAGGUCGAGGACGAGGGUGAUGACUUCGACAAGCUGAAGGCGGCUCGCGAGAAGGAGAAACUGAUGCGCCAGCAGAAGAAUCUGGCCCGAACCAUCAGCACCGCCCCGGGAAUGGAGGCCACGGCAGUGCCAAUGGUGCCAAUGAUCCCAGUGAAUGUGGCAGUGCCGCAGGCCCAAAUGCCAACUGUGGCAUCCAGUGCCGAUCUUUUGGCCGACGGAGAACUGCUCUCCAAUUCGACCAUGAAGUCGCAGGACGCCAUCAACAGCAGUUGAACAAACCCUAGUAUUUUGUUUCGUACACUUACCUAGUUUAAGUCUAGUGCAUUAUUUAAUUUACCUAAGCUGCUAAGCUAAAUUACCUAUACUAUAUAAUGUAUAUGCCGCUGACAUUGAGAAUACGCAGAGUUACGGACAGUUUAAGAAUGCUCAUAACUUCUAAAAGAGCUCGAGUGAUGAUGACCUAAUUAACGCAGUUAAUAACACAAAUACUAAUAUCUAAGUAGAACGUUUUUGAAUUUUACAAAUAUAAGUUAUUUUGUAAAUGGCUCA